AUGUUGCUACUUUUACGUCUCCGAUCGCUCUCCUCCUAUGUUGUCUAUCGCUUUCCGCGUCCCCCACGCUUCGCCCCACCGUCGCCCACGCUUCCUCCCGCUGUCGCUCACACUUCAUUCCGUCGUUGCCCAUGCUCCCCCUCCCGUCACCACCUUCACCGUCGCCCUCGCUUUCCCCCAUUGUCGCUUACGCUCCCACCCAUCAUCGCUCACGCUUCCCCCUACCUUCUCCCACGCUUCCCCUCUCAUCAGCCACGCUUCCUCCCACCGUCGUCCUCUUCCUCCCACCGUCGACCUCCCUUCUCUCCCACCUCUCUCCACGUCGUCAUCACUCCCCUGCCUAUCACGUUCCCCCUCUUCACCAUCGCGUCUCCACCCUCUCAUCCCUUCCCAUCGCAUUUAGGGUCGUCGUUGUACUCCUUCCCUAUUACCACCUUCUCUACUCCUACCAUCGCCCAUGGUGGUGAUGAGGCUUUGGAGCAGAGUGUUGGGGGCAUAGCCAGGGCAGCGCGCGCAAGCGGGCAGCAAGGAGUGCAGUGCUGCAGGGGGCGGGUUAGGGGAGCGGGGGAGGCGGGGAUGAGGGAGAGAGGGUGCAGGGAUCCUCCUAUCCCCCUUAUACCCUGCCACACUUUUACCUCUUGCCCUCCUCCCUUACUCCGUUCCGUCGUUCCCCCUCAGCCGUCCUCCUCUCCCUCUCCCUUCCUCCCUUCCUCCAUCUCUUUGCCUCACUACCCUCUUUACCCUCUCUGUUGCCCGUCCUCCCUUCCUCCCGUCCUCCCUUCCUCCCGUCCUCCCUUCAUCUCAUCCGCCCAUCAUCUCAUCCCCCCAUCAUCUCAUCCCCCCAUCAUCUCAUCCCCCCUUCAUCUCAUCCCCCCAUCAUCUCAUCCCCCCAUCAUCUCAUCCCCCCAUCAUCUCAUCCCCCCCAUCAUCUCAUCCCCCCAUCAUCUCAUCCCCCCAUCAUCUCAUCCCCCCAUCAUCUCAUCCCCCCAUCAUCUCAUCCCCCCAUCAUCUCAUCCCCCCAUCAUCACAUCACCCCAUCAUCUCAUCCGCCCAUCAACUCAUCCCCCCAUCAUCUCAUCCGCCCAUCAUCUCAUCCCCCCAUCAUCUCAUCCCCCCAUCUUCUCAUCCCCCCAUCAUCUCAUCCGCCCAUCAUCUCAUCCGCCCAUCAUCUCACCCCCCCAUCAUCUCAUCCCCCCAUCAUCUCAUCCCCCCAUCAUCUCAUCCCCCCAUCAUCUCAUCCGCCCAUCAUCUCAUCCCCCCAUCAUCUCAUCCGCCCAUCAUCUCAUCCGCCCUUCCUCCGUGUCUCCCUUGCUCAUUUUCUGCCUCCGUGCAUUCUUUGUUCCCCACCGUGCAUCAGAGUUUGUGGUUCGUGUCUAUGCAGGUCUGCCAUGCAUCCAGUCGUGA